CGUCUUUUAUUCACUGAAUCGCAAAAUCAGCAGUCAUGAAGUCGGCGUACUGGAAGCUGGGGGGUCUGGCAGUUGAGUGCAAUGUCGUUUGCAGCUCUGGCUUUGUAAUUCGCGCGCCAUUGGAGUGGAAGCGCAGUCUCAGUCGAGCAGGAGUUUAGAAGAAGGGAAGGAAGAUGAAGAGCUUUGAACCGAAAGCCACUUCAUACUCUGUACUCGCAAUGCAUGCUACAGCCAUCAGCACUCACUCACACUAUUCCAACUGCGUAUGACACUUGGUUUGCUUGUUGUUCUAGGGUAUGAUCCUUGCGCUGAGCAUGGUCGUCACUGGCUCAGUCAACAUUAUCAUGGCCAAGUUGCAAAACAAUACGACCAUCACCAAGUGCACCAGCAACGGCACGCACACCUCGUGCGAGGAAGACUCGUUCAACCACCCUGGUGUCCAGACGUGGUACAUGUUCAUCGGCGAAACCCUCUGCUUGGGCGUCUUUUUCAUCUCAAAGUAUCUGUAUCGCCGCCGUGAGCGUCUUGGUCUCUUGAAGGAAGGCGAGGUUGAGCCCAAGCUCACCAACCCCUGGCACAUCUUCUUGUACCCCGCCCUCUGCGAUAUCACCGCCACUACAUUGAUGAACAUUGGCCUGCUCUUCACGGCAGCCUCCGUGUACCAGAUGCUUCGCGGAGCCAGCGUCCUGUUCACUGCGCUGUUCUCAGUGCUGUUUUUGCGUCGUCGCCUGCGCAUCCACCACUACAUUGGUCUCUAUCUCGUCGUCACCGGCAUCACCAUCGUCGGCGUCGCCAGUGUCGUCUUUGGCGAUGACAACAACGAGAGCUCGUCCAACAUGGUUCUCGGCAUUGUGCUCGUCAUUGCCGCUCAGGUCGUCGUUGCCACCCAGUUCAUUGUCGAGGAAAAGUUUAUCGGCAAGUACUCUGUUCCACCGAUCGCUGUCGUCGGCAGCGAGGGCAUUUUCGGCCUCGUGAUUGUCUCCUGCAUCCUUCCCGCUCUCCAGUACAUUAACAUUUCCGGCAAGCCCAUCGAGGACACCCGCGACGCCUUCAAGUACCUCGAAGAAAGCUGGGUCAUGGACGCCGCCGUUCCCGGCUACAUUUUCUCCAUUGCCUUCUUCAACUUUUGCGGUGUCUCCAUCACCAAGUUCCUGUCGGCCACCCACCGCUCGACCAUUGACAGCUGCCGCACCGUCGUCGUCUGGGUCUUCUCGCUCAUUGUUGGCUGGGAAGACUUCCUCUGGCUCCAGUUGAUUGGCUUCUUCUUCCUCGUCAGCGGCACCUUCAUGUACAACGAAGUCUACCCGCUGCCAUUCAUGAACUUCUGGCGCAACCUCUUCUCCUGCUUCCCCUCAUGCUUUGCUCACCUCGACGAGCAAGACGAAGAGAAGUCCAAGUUGUUGGUCAACUCGGAGGACAACUACAACAAUGGCAAGCUUGAAAUCAAGCAAACAUCAAACAGCGCAUAUUGAUCGCGUUGUUCUCAAACCACGCCUUUUUUUUCUUUUCCUUUUUUUUUUCUUUGUCAUUUUCAAUACACUUUUGACCACU